CCGGAGCGCUGGGUGAGUGCAGGGCGCUGUGCUGGCACCAGCGAGCUGUGCCGUGCCGCUGGGAGGGAUGGGACGGAACACAGUACACCGACUCCCAGGCAUGAGUGUGGUGGCCAGUGACAUUGUGUUCGUGCCGAGUGGGCGGUACAGGCCCGACCUGGCCGCCCUGCCGGACCGGGACGCGACUGGAGCUCGCUCCUCGCCUCAGGAGCCUGGCCAGCGCGACCCGGCCGCCGCGCCUCCGGCCAGGAACACACGCGUCAAAAAGCUUCUAAUUGGUCUACAGCGCGACGCUCUCGGCUUCCGUCCGCAGCGCCGCCAGCUGACUGUGGUGACCCGUGUGACCUCUCCGGGUCACGUGAGGUCAGCGGUGCAGCGGCGCGGCAGCUCAGCCAGCCGCCAUUCGGUCAGCUCCGUCGGAUCACAGGAUGCCAAGGCUCGGAGAGCUUCCCGGCACAGGAGGCAGCACCAAGGCCAGGACGCGCACCGAGAAAGGUCAUCAGCACAGCGUAGCGCAGGCAGUAACGUCGACACCACUGAGCGACGACGUCAGAGACUGACGCGCCAAUCAGCGACGGCCGCUGAUGGGUGUGACGUCACGCCGGGCCAAUGGUCACGCCUCUGGGCGGCGCCGGCCGCGGCCGGGCCGGCCGGCGGACAGCGGCGCCGCCGCGGAGGCGGUCAGACGCCCGACAGGCCCACUCGCGGCCAGUCCGCCCCCGCCCCCGCCCCCGCCCCCGUGCCGCCGCCCAGAAGGAACCGCGCCCGUCGGCUCAGCGUCGGCGCUCAGGAUCGACUCCGACGGGGAUCCGUCUCCAGCGGGACCGGCAUCGACGCGUCGGUGGCCGCCGCCGUGGUCGCCGCCGCCGGCCUGUCGCAGCAGGCCGAGGCCCUCUCAGCGGCCGCGCCGAGCAAACCGAGUCGCUCGCGCAAACCGCGCGCCCGCGGCUCCGUGAUUCGUCUCAUCUCUCUGGAGGGACAUUCACAUGUGACAGUGACAGUGUUGGAUCCAGCUGCACCGGCUCCCAAGCUCAACUCAACUCAACUCAGCUCGGAGAGUUGUGACUCAGCGCCGCCCGCGCGCCUGCACUCGCCGCCGGCGGACAGAAGGCGGAGCGAGGCGGGAGAAGACAAGCCCACAGAGCCUGUGGAGCACUCCACUCGAGGUGUGCAGUGUGAGGAGACUUGCAGCGCUAGCCAGUCGAGUGACGCACCGUCCGGAGUUGGACGAGAGUGUGAACGGACGCCGGUUAAAGUGAGAACGAACGGAGAGUCGGCCGACGCCGCUGAGCCGAGUUCCAGUGAGAGUGUGCCGGCUGUGCCGCGUGCCGCCUCUCCCCGGCGUCCGCAGUCGAGCGUCGGAGUGGGCAGAGAGCGUGUCGAGGGCGCCACACAGUCCGAGCUGCGGCGGACCCCUCCGUCAACCGACAGUAGUGACUCGGGAGUCCGGUCCGGAUCCGGUUCGGAUUCGACAGAGAGUGACGUCUGGGCGCCGCGGAUUACAUCGGUAGUCGACGGGUCGGCAAAGCGGUCACCUGCCGUCGUCAGUCGCCAGGACCGAGACCGGACGACCAGCGACUCUACCGUUCGGUGCAGUGACGGUGCGGGUCGGCAUGUGACUGCCUGUAUCUCUAACAGCCGGCACGGGCAGUCCAACAGGGAAAACCGCGCCUCCGCACCGGUCGUCCAGCCGCCGCCCUCAUUGACUGGCGUCACCCACUGGGCCGGCCACGGCCACGUCAGUGGGACGGGUGACGUCAAUCGAGCGGUCAGCCGUGUGGGGCGGCGGCCGGCGCGCCGCAGCCGCAGUCUGCCCCCACCGCGCCGGCCGUGCGCACUGCCAGGUGUCAGAGCGCCUCGCCAACUGCGCCACUGCCGCUCGUGGCCGGUUUUGUGCGCCAGCACGGCGCCUGCAGCCGACACGCUGGCGUGCUCGCCCGGUCUGUUGGACGGCGCGUGGCGCCGCUCCGACCUGUCCGCCGCCCGGUCCGCCUACCAGGAGCGGAUGCGGCCGCUGCUGGUGAGCCGCCGGCCGCCGCUGCCGGCUCACAGCAGCUCCGGCUGGCCUCUGCCGUCCCCGUCCUCCCCGAGACCGAGCUCCCUGCCCGGCGACCGCCCGCGGCCCGCGCCGGCCACCGACGCCGACGACGACACGGCCAGUGUGACGGAUAUUCUCUCCGUGUCGGAACAGCAAUCGGUCACGGAUGGCGACGUGCUGCGCCGUAAAACUGUCAUCACUUUCGGCGAGACGGCGCCCAGCCGCGCAGUUAGUGCGUUAGUCGAGGGACGGGACGAGCCGGCCUGGAGGAGGCUAGCGGCCGCCCGGCGCAGUUUGCGUGAGGCGCGGCCGCGCGAGCGCACGCCGCCGCCGGCCGGUGAGACCGAGCCGCCAUGGCUCAAGGAGCUGCGCGCACGCCGCCGCGGCUCGGGCGAGCACUCGCCGUGGGCGGGCCGGCGGCCGGCCGACGGCGGCGAGCUGUCCUCCGCUGGCGACGGACACCGCGCCGCUGUGUGGCAGCACUGUAAUGGAGCCGGCGAGUCGGCCCGACAUGGUCCGGCCAGCCUGCCCCCCAGUAUGAGCUUCCUAUCGUCGACGCGAGGUGGCGACGACCACCGCUCGGCCGCCCGGUCCCGAUCUCCUGCCGACAUGCCGGACCGUCCGUCCACGGCGCCGCGGCCGCCGCCCACUCCGCCGUCCGCUGAAAAGCGCCUGAUCUCAACCCCACCUCUGUCCUCCAGCGAGAAUAAGGAGAGCGAGCCGGGGCCGGCCGCUCCGCACACAGUGAACGUCCGUGUGGUGGUGGCCGGCCGGCCGGCGGCGGCUGCGGCGGCGGGCGCGCCAGAGCCGGGCCAAAUACGGCGGCCGUCCGCGACUGACGUCAGGCCGGGGUCGCGCGCUGGCCGCACCGGAGUCUACCUGAACGGCGCGCCGCGGCCGGUCGACCGGCACAGCACCUCGGUCACCAUCUGCCUGAACGGGGGCGGAGGCGGCGCACCUGCGCGCGUGCACAACGAUAGCGCCGCCGCGGAGACGACGAGAGAGGGUGUGAGUGACGAGCGACCACCGCGGCCGGGUGUGACAUCGUACCCGCCCCAUCCCGCCCACCACAGACCCGAGGACGAGCACGAGCUGGGAGAUACACGACCGCUGAAGAGUAUCCUGAAAAAGACGAGUGCUCCGAACCUGUUGAACAUGGAGGACGACCGUCCCGAGUGGGUGCACGCCGCCGAACAGCGUCGACGACGCAACAACGUCAAUUGGGAGGACCUCGAGCAGAAGAAACGCGAGAUCCGCAGCGAAAUCGACCUUCUGCAGGACCGACUGCGCAGUAGUUUCGGCGGAUUCAGUGGCUUUGGCGCGUUUGGUGGUGACCGUGACCUGGGCAGUCGCUUCGGCGAUCGAUUCGGUGACCGUUUCGGCAGCGGGCUGGGCAGUGGUUUCGGCAGUGCGUUUGACAGAGGGUUCGGCAGUGCGUUCGGCUCGCGGGGGUCGCGAUCACGACCUCCGCCCGAGCAGGGCGUGCCCAGCAAGCCAGUGGUGGAAACGAUCCACGCGAUCCGGAUCGAGCGCGAGACGAGCCCUGGUCUGGUGAUCACCGAGGUCGGUGCUGAUGACGAGGUCAGCUCCAACCACUCGGGGCUCGUCAUAGAGGAGAUCUUCGACGACGAGGAGUCAGUGGCAGAGCCGAGCGGCGGCGCCGCCCCCGCCGCCGGCAACUCUGGCGGCCGCCGCUCGCGCUCCUCCAGUGUGGACAGCUGGCGAGGCCGGCCCACCAAUGGAUCGGAGGGCUCGGCACCGAGCGGCGGCGGCCUGCCGUGGCGCGUGGCGCAGCACGGAGAGGUGCGAUGGUCACGCUCACCGAGCCUGGCCUCCACGAGCUCACCGCCGCCGGAGCUGCGCCGUGCGCGGGUGGCAGCUACCGUGCGCGCGCCGCCGGCCACUGCAGCCUCCCCGGAGAGGGAGACGUCACCUCCAACACGUCAGUCGGUCGAUGGAUCGGACAGCGAGGGCAGCCACAGGCCGUGGUACCGGCGAUUGUCGGCCGCCCCGCCGGCAGCGGCGGCUCCUGCAGCGGCUCCCCGGUGGCGGACCGAGGUCCGCUCACCUCCAGCCUCUCCACAGGCGCGCUCCGCAUCAUCACCGGCCUGGGUGCGCUCCCGGGAGCCGGCGGAGCAGCCGGCGGACCGUCGACGACCGGCCAGCCGGCCAGCAGCUGCGACACACCGGGAGGCGCCGGACGUCAGCGCCAUCCUCAGUGAAGUGGCCGAGCUGCGACAGCGGGCGCGACGCUCCCCGGACCCUGCCGAGUCGUCUUCCACCGCCAGCUGGCGCCACCAGCGCAGUGUCUCACCUGGGUCGGAGGAGACCGCCCGGCAGGUGCCCAGGUGGCGCCACCAGCCCCGGGAGGUCCCUCCGACCGCUGAGGAGCCGCACCGACCGACCUCCGGCCACCAUGGGACCUCACCGCUCUCCCACGAGACCUCACCACCGUCCUCGACCUGGCUGAACGCGGGGAGAAGUUCGCCGAUCUCAGAGGAGGUGCGAAGGUCCCCGCAGAGUCAUCGGGCGGAGAGGGAGGUCCCGGCAGCGGAGAGCGUCCGGACGGCCAGCUGGGCGACUUCUCGUGACAGUCCGUCUGCGCAGGUCACCUCCACGCCUCUGUCAGACUCCCGGGAAGAUUCUGAGCACCCUAAGGCUUCCAGAAAGGUGUUGGUGUUGCAGGAAGAGAUAGAGAUCCACCCUCCUUCCCGAUCGUCCGAGCCUCAGAGGCAGGCUACGACCGAGGAGCCGCCUCCAAUACCUCCCCACGCAGACACUCACAGGCAGUCACCGAAGGUCCACGCAGAGGACCACCGACAGCCGCCUGUGCCGCCUCACGCCACUCCUCUAGAGCCGCUGCGAACCAGCGAUCUUCAUUGGAGGACGAGGCCGCCGACUGAAGCGCCGCGCCUCGUCAGUGACUCUCACCGUGCAGAGACGACGCGUCACUCACUGGAGACGCAGCCAGCCGUGAGGGAGAUCCACGUGGAGCGUGAGAAGCCCUCGCAGCACUCAUCUGCUCCCGAGAGGGCGACUCAACGAGAGGUCCCGGUCCAGCAUGAGAAGUCCUCGCACCAACCGCCGGUUCCUGAGAAGGCCACGCCGCGACAGAUUCCGGUACACCAGGAGACGUCUGAUCGUGUGGUCAUUCGAGAGGUGCCUGUGCAUCAUGAGAAGUCACCGCGCCACUCGUCGGUCCCAGGACGGGCGCGCGUGGUGCGGGAAGAGCACACCUCGUGGCACAGAGCGCCGUCCCCAGCAGAGGGCACCGCUGCCCGCAGCGCCGCCCAGCGGGAGAAACAGCAGCUGUCGAAUGGGCAUGGUGAGCCGUCUUCAACGGGAACGUCAAACGGCGUAUCCGACGGGCAGAAGGCUCCGAUCAUCAUUCGUCGUGUCAGCUACAGUCCUAUUCCUGACCAGCCCGCGUUGGGCGAUGAGCAGGGUCGCACUGGCAGCGCAGCGGUAUCGCGGCGCCGGCCCACCUCUCCGUCUCCCGCGCGCCGGCCGGCCGCUGAGCGGACUGCCGAGCGGGCCGGACGGCGCGGCACGCCUCACGGCACUCCUGAGCUGGCACGCCGCACUGAGGAGCGUCAGGAGCGGCAGAGUCGCCCGCGACAGGAGCGUCGCGCGUUCCCGCCGCCGGGCACGUCACUGACCUCGCGUCCCAGGUCGCUGGAUCCGACCCGACUGCGGCAGGAGGGUCGUGCCGAGCCGGCGGGACCGACACACAGCCGCACCCGCACCCCGGACCCGCCGCGCAGCCGGCCGCCGGAUCUGCCGCGCUCCCGGCCCGCCGAACAGCCGCGCUCGCUCGGCGAGUCGAUCGGUCUGCGAGUGGAGUCGGCCCUGGAGCGUCUGCUGACCUCCGGCGGCGUGCCCGCCUCGCCCAAAGCCUCCCCGAGAGGGCAGCGGGCGGCGGCGCCCAACACGCGUCGCCCGGGAGCUCGUCCCACCGCAGUGACUGCCGCCAGUCCCAGCAGCUCGGAGGCUAAACGACAGCGCCGUCAGCCGGGUGAGGUAGCCCGCCCGUCGGGUCGGCCUCGCGCACCUUCCACCGGCACAGGCAGCGGCAGCAGCACUCCGACCCAGCAGCGGCGGCCCGAGGUGCGCACCACUCGCACCACGGUGGUGCGUCAGAAGGCGAAGAGCCAGCCUCUCUCGGUGCCGGCAGUGGUGACCAGGGCAGUCCUCAUCAGUGGCGCCCCGUUGACCGACAAACGCAACGGGGUGGCCGCUUCGGAGCUGGUGCGGCGUACACUGGCCUCGAGCGGCACUGCCGGCCAGCAGCGCACCAGUACUCACGUCACGACCAACGUCACGGAACGGGCCAGACGUGGCCGUGACGGCAAGGACGGCGUGAAGAGGAUCGUCACGAAGACGGAGGUCAUCACGGGGGCCGGACUUAAGCCAACGAAAGACAGACAUUUUGUUCACGGCCAAAAGGUGCGGACCCACCGAGCUCAGCACGUGGAGAAGUCGGUUAAGGUGUAGGGACGCCACCAACGGCUCCUUGUAAGCGAAGGACGGAGUACGCUGUGGCUGCACCGUCGUAGGCCGUUGCUGGAGACACGCGGAAUCACUCGCUCUCCUGGCUUCUGGGAGCCGCUGACCUGCCGUUGAUGGAGGAGAUAUCCGCCGAGGGCUGCAUAUGACCGCGGACUCGAACCCCAAGUCCGAUCUCGGUCAGCAGAGCCCACAGAGCGGCCCAGCGGGGACCAACUAAUAACUCGAGAGAGAUAGGUGUGUCACGUGGGCACGUAAUGGAUCAGAGUUUGUCGAUACUAACCGGUCAGGCGUUUAACCAGUCGCCGCAUCGCCUGGUCCCGGACUGUGAUAUAUGGAGAGCCUGUGAGAUAGACACUGUGAGAUGUUAGAUACUGUGCGAUGUGAGAAAGCGACCCAGUGUGACCUGGUCUGUGUGUGUGCGUAUGUAUGUAUAUGGGAUACUACGGCGCUUGCGAGGCCUGGCCUCACUAACUAACUGAACGGUGCCCAAUUGUGCCGGAGCAGAGCUGCAGUGUUCGCCAGCAGCUACAGCCGCUGACUGACAAAAGACAGACGGCACUCUCGGACCGAGCCAAACUGACGUCCCGUGACUAGUCACCGAGACGUGACAACCGAACUGGCGGGCGGCGAGCGCGGACGGCAGUCGUCAUUUCUUACGCAGAAACAAUAUAAUUAUUUCAAUAAAUGUGUACCUACUUUGCUUGAG